AUGCAGAUAUGUGGUCGGCCGGGCAGCUUCUUCUGGGCUCUGAUGAUACUGAGCAGCAUCCCGGCUCAUGUGGAUGGAUGUGACUUUGAUCAGCCGGUCUGCGGCGCUCACGCUCCUGGAGAUGUUCUGAUUGGUAUAAUGUUGCCGUGUCAUCGUAAAGUGAUUGCUCUCCAUGAGCGGAUCAGACCUGAGCGCUUCGACUGCGCAGAUUUUGAUCGGGAGUCAUUUCUGAGAUCCUUGGCCGUUAUCCAUGAAAUCGAGGCAGUAAAUGCAGCCGGGUUCCUCCCAGGAGUGCGUCUCGGGUAUUUGAUGUGUGACACAUGCUCCUCUGCAAGCAAGGCGUUGCAGAGUGUGGGUCACAUGCUCGAUGUCAACGGCUCUCAGAAUGUGAUGUGCGACUACAACGACUACAGGCCCAGAGUCAAGAUCAUUUUAGGAGCUCUGUACUCUGAGGUGUCCAUCGCUGUGGCCAAACUGCUGAAUGUGUACAUGGUCCCUCUACUGAGCAGCACAUCAUCUGCACCAGACCUGAGUAAUAAGUUGCGCUACCCAGCGUUCAUGCGCACGAUUCCCAGUGACGAGCAUCAGACCAAAGCACUGGCCAAAACUAUGAAUCACUUUGGCUGGAACUGGGUCGGGGUUGUGUACGGGGACGACGAGUACGGAACUGAAGCUUUCCAGAGUUUCCUCAGGGAUGCUGAGGAAAACAGGGUGUGCUUGGCCUACCAGGAGUCGGUGCCUCAUUACCUUGAUCAUUCACUCAGCAUGCAACGUAUCAAGCGAGUCGCCAAGCUGAUCCGCUCCUCCGAUGCCCAGGUGGUUCUGCUGAUCCUUAAGGCAGAACUGGUGGAGGCCCUCUUUAAGGAAAUGAUCAGAACCAACACUUCAAGGAUCUGGAUUGCCAGUGAUGCCUGGUCUAAGAGCAGGUCUCUCGCCCAAAUGGAGGGCAUCAACAAGGUUGGAGACAUCUUGGGCUUUACGUUUGCUUCAAAGAAGAGUAAAUCAUUUGAUGAUUAUCUCAAGAAUCUGACAGCAACCCCAGGAGGGUACAACCACUUUAUCGAAGAAUACAAGAACCUGAGAUUCAACUGCAGCUCAGAAUGUUUCUCAAACAAGCCUCCAUCCUAUUGUCCCAACCCUGAUCACCUGAGUAUGACGUCUGCCAAUGCAUGCACUUCCACGGAUCCCCAAGAGCAAAAUGAUGACUAUCUCGUAAAUGCUCUGGAUACCAGUGAAGCCUUCCUGCACAGAGUAGCAGUCUGGGCCACAGCAAAUGCUCUCAAAGAGCUACUGAAGUGCAACAGUUCAUCAUGCUUGGGAGAAACUAAUUUCCCGCCAUGGAAGCUUCUUCAGGAACUGAAGAGAGUUAAUUUCUCCUUUGAAAACCACAGUUUCUCCUUUGACAAAAAUGGUGAUUUCGCAAGUUUUUAUGAACUCAUCAUGUGGGAACAAGAUGGACACCACAGACAAUUUCAAAAGAUUGGGAGAUACCAUGUCCUUAAGAAAGAAAUAGAGGUCAAUGUCAAAAAUAUCAGCUGGCUCUCAACAGCCAAUACCACGAUCCCUCAGUCCAGAUGCUCAGAGCCCUGCGCCCCUGGCUCAGUGAAGAAGAUCCUGAACGUAUCCUGCUGUUACGACUGCAGACUUUGUGUGGAGGGGACCUUUUCAGACACCUGGGAUCUUCGUACCUGCAAAGCGUGUCCCAAUGGAACUUGGUCUCUCAAGGGUUGGGCUCAAUGCAGGCCAAGAGCUGAGAUCUACCUCCGAUGGACGGAAACUCAUCCCAUCAUCAUGCUGGCAGCCACAGCCUUUGGCAUCCUGCUCUUGUUUGUUACCUUCAUUAUCUUUUUGGUGUACAGAAAUUCGUCACCAAUGAAAAGGGCCGAAGUGAGAUUGUCCUGUGUGAUGAUGGCUGGUCUGUCGGUGAGCUUCGCAAGUGUGAUAUGCUUCAUGGGUAAGCCAAGUGUGCACCUCUGCCGGGCCCGCCAGCUAAUGUAUGCCAUGGGCUUCACCCUGUGUGUGUCCUGCAUCCUAGUCAAGGCCUAUCGUAUCUUCCUGGCUUUCCUUCCCUUUGGUCAGCUGGCAAACAGGCGGCUAUACAAACUCUACAAGCCGACCAUAAUCGUCAUCGUCAUAACUUCUCUUCAGGGGAUCAUCUGUCUUCUCUGGCUGAUCUUUGAUUCCCCCAAUAUUGAUCCCACUCCUCCGUCCCCACAAAGCAUGAGCAAACUAAUCCAGUGCAGUGAAGGUCCCACAUACAUUGGUUUUGGCAUUAUGUUGGCCUACAUAGCUCUGCUAGCAUUGGUUGGCUUCCUCUUGGCCGUCAAAGGCCGGAAGGUUCCGCAGGAGUUCAGCGAAACAGGCUACAUAAUCUUUAGCAUGCUGAUGUACUUGUUUGUAUGGGUGUGUUUUGUCCCAGUCUAUAUCACCAACAAUGAAGCAGCCUCUUCUGUGCAGGCUUCAGCCAUUCUGGUGUCCACUUAUGGCAUCAUCUUCUGCCAUUUUUUACCCAAAUGCUACGAAGCACUUUGGGGGUCAAAGGCUGAUACUCUGGAGAGGAUUCUGAGGAGAUGGCAAAUCAUCUCCAGUCCAAAACUUGAUUCGGUGACAGAGAUAGACAUAGAUAUCCCUGAAAUGGAUACACCCUCAGAAAAGAAUAACGGGUCUUCCAUUACAAGUACAAUGGCUGUAUUGAGCUCCGGGACUCUGAGCGUGUCCAGCCCUACUGAAUCCAAUUUGGUCAUAACUACUCCGUGCAAUGACAAGAUUCAUGCCUAUGCUAUGCUAGGAAGAAGACUGAAGAGACUUAGGAGUGUAUCCAUCUAAAACUGGUUCCAGGAAAAAAUGACAUGUACUGUCCUGUAGUGAUAUUUAAUAAUAUAUUUUCCCUUUUUAAAGCCAAUAUUUUGUAAGAUCUUUAUACUGUAAAUAAAGUAAAAAUGAGUUUUUUGCUGUAAUUUGUUGUAUUUUUCAA